GUGGUUGUGGAGAUCAGUUGGCAUUACAUAACGUCCAAGCAUUUUUUGGUUUCUUAUUUAGAUUUGAACAAAUCUGCACUCUUCAAUUGAAUUCGUAGCCCAACACGUUUUACCCACCGGGGCCAGCCUCCUUCCUCCAAACACCCUUUACUCUCUCUCUUUUCUCUUUGUCCUCGUAUAAAAUUAUAAGCAUACAUCUCUGCCUUCCUUAAAGACCCAGAUCCCCCCAACACUACUGAAAGGAUCAUCAACACUCGAACAAUCAAACAAAGAAAGAAAGAAAGAUGUGCUGUGGGAGUAAGAUAUGCAUGCUAUGCACGUGCCUAAUACUCUUGGUGAUACUCAUCGGAUUGCUGUUCGGCUUCGGGGUGUUCAAGCACGGUUUUCACAAAUUGAAGGAUACCGUACAUCUUUGCGAUCCCAAUCUCACUCGUAAUCUCUGCGGAAGGCCAUUCUUCGGUUUUCCAGCACCUGCUCCUCAUUGAUUUGAUUCGAUUCUCUUUUCUUUUCUUUUCUCUUCUCUUUUCUUUGUUUCAUGCAUUUACCUUUUAUUCAAAACCCCAUCUGGCUAUUUGGAAUUGUUUCUUUGGGAUUUAUGCUGAUUUUAUUUUUUUAUUAUUAUUAUCUGCAUCUCCUCUUUUUUUAUUUUUUAAGCUUUAAUUCCGUUGUGGGAACCACCCACAUUUCUGUUGUAUGAUAUACAGGAUUUCUUCAGCCUUGAUCCGCGUAUUGGAUUGGUUGUGUUUUUCUUUUUGAAACUUGUAAAA